ACGAGCAACUCUGAUCUAGAAGAUAUUCCUGACACUUUCAUUCCCAAGGAGCACAAAGGUCGAAAGCAAAUUCUUAAAGAUGUACACACAGUAUUUAUUUUUGAGUUAUUAGCAAAUGAGCCAACUCUGACAGUCGAAACUGUUACAAAUCGACUUCGCGAAAACUUUACUGAAAUUCUAAUCACC